AUGUCUCAGGGGGAGAAGGUUGUUUGCAAUGUUGAAGAGUAUUUCCAGGAACGAGGGCCAACCGUUACAUUUAGCAACUUGCACUACUGUGUUCACGAGACGACGUUCUGCCGCAAGGCAGGUGCUGAAAAACACAUCCUCAACGAUGUAAGUGGCAUCAUGAGACCUGGGAUGAAUGCCAUCAUGGGCGCCACCGGAAGUGGCAAAACAUCACUCCUGGAUGUGAUCGCAGGAAGAAAAGACCCUGCUGGACUGAAGGAAGGAAGAGUGAUGGUGGAUGGCAAAGUCGUCACGUCUGAGCUCAGGCUCAGCUCUGCUUAUGUGGUCCAGGAUGAUAUCUUGAUGGGCACUCUGUCUGUGAGGGAGAACCUCCUGUUCAGUGCUAACCUGCGUCUCAACCCUCGGGAACACACCACCGUGGACAAAAACAGCAGAGUAGAUGCCAUCAUACAAGACCUGGGCCUUACAGACUGUGCAGACACUAAGAUAGGGACAGAGUUUCUGCGUGGUGUAUCUGGAGGUGAAAGGAAGAGGUGUAGCAUUGGGAUGGAGCUCAUCACCUCUCCCUCUCUGCUGUUUCUGGAUGAACCGACCACCGGACUGGACUCUAACACUGCAAACUGUAUCAUCAAUCUACUGCACAAGCUCUCCAGAAGAGGUAAGACUGUGAUCUUCUCCAUCCACCAGCCACGCUACUCCAUCUUCAGACAGUUUGACCAUCUGACUCUGAUGCAGAAAGGGGAGGUGGUGUACGCAGGAGCGGCAGAUCAUACACUGGAAUACUUCACAAACCUUGGCUACCAAAUUGAGUCCUUUGACAACCCUGCUGAUUUCUUCAUGGACAUCACAAAUGGAGAGGCGAAAUCAACAUUUACAUCACCCACUGCAGAGUGUUAUAACCCACUGGCAACCAAGUACCGCCAGUCGCAGCUGUGCCAGGAUGUGCUUGAGGAGUUGAACCAUGUAAACCAGAGCGUUGCUGAAGGGCUCAAACGUGAAGAGGAGCCAGUCGACUAUGCUACCUCUUUCCUCUAUCAGAUGCGUGUGGUGUGUGGCAGGACAGUGCUGAACACUCUGAGGAACCCUCAGACCUCUUAUGCCCAGUUGGCUCUCAACAUCUUCUUUGCAAUUCUGGUGGGACUCAUUUAUUACCAAAUGCCCUUAACACUGCCCGAGGCUCUACAGAACAGGAGCGGAGCGUUCUUCUUCCUUAUCAUCAACAUGGUGUUUGGGAAUCUCUCUGCUGUGGAGCUCUUUAUAAAUGAAAGGGCAAUCUUCAUUCACGAGAACUCCAGUGGCUAUUACCGCACCUCUGUCUACUUCCUGUCCAAGAUCUUCGCUGAUCUCAUUCCCAAUCGCAUCAUCCCCAUCUUUGUAUUUUCAGCCAUCGCCUACUAUAUGAUGGGACUGAAGCCUGCCUUUGAGGCCUUCAUGUGUUUCUCCCUGACCAUGUCUCUGGUCAGUCUGGCAGGAGUCGGUCUGGCCUUCCUUGUUUCUGCCAGCGUAUCUUCAUUUGCCAUGGCUAACAUCCUCAUUGCUCUGCCCUUCGUCUUUAUGAUGGUCUUUGGUGGUUAUCUUGUCAAUCUCAAUGCCAUGCUGAGCUGGCUCUCCUGGCUGAAAUGGAUCAGUAUCUUCAGAUACGGACUGAAUGCUGCAUUCAUCAACGAGUUUAAGGGACAGCUCUUCUACAGCAACAACACCAUUAUCCCAGGGGAGCUGUUCCUGAAAGGACAGGACAUCGACUACUCUGUGUGGGGCUUCUGGCAGAACCAGGUGGCUCUGCUGGGAAUCAUAUUGGUCUGCAUGUUCCUGGCGUACGUACAGCUGCGACGAAUCAACCGCUGGAAAUGAUGCCCGUCCAUCUGCUUAUGUAUCCAUCAACCAUGCAACCGUGUACUGUGUCUUUAUCUUUCAUCUUAUUUAUUCAACAGACCUUAAAUGAAACACAUACCAUCAUUUGGGGGGAAAAAUAAGAUUUAAAUUAUUAUUUAAAAUCAACAUAUUAGUUGAACAUCACACAUUCAACCUCUCUCCAUCCUUCACUCACUCACGCUCUCACUGAUAAACAAACACACGUGUUGUAACAUUUGACUCCCAGGUGGAUAAGCUGCCACUAAGCACACUUGGUCUGUGCACGGGGGAAUGUACAGCAACCGCCAAGCUGACGUCUAAGUCCAUACAAAGCUUCUUACAGUGACUGACACAACAUUAGCCACAGUAA